UGUUUUUGUUUAUCAAUACACUCCAAAUUGUUGUUUUCUUUGGGCCUGUAAUGAUGAGAGAGCUGUGGAGCUCGACUGGCUCGUAUUGCGCCUAUGGAUGUUAUUACCUCAUGGCCAUUUGGAUUCCCUUAUUUUAGGGAGCAUGUCGGGUGUGGAAACAUCAUUCAUGAAGGAGCCUUCAUCGUUGUGUUUAGGAGGCCUGUUUGGUCGUGGACGUCGUAUUCAGUGUCAGUGAAUCAAAACAACUCCGACUUCAUGAGCGUCUCAUUUAAGCGCAACACGUUUGAACGAGGCUCAGGACAGCCGAACACAAUAGUGACCAGUUAACCACUCAGUGAUGAACUGGCUUUGAUUGAGAAGAUGGUGCGUUCAGGUGCCCGUGGAGAACUGUAAACGAGAUUGUAGGACAAGAGGCACCACUCAACCUACUCUUUGACUUUGAAGCAUAGAAGUCACUGGAGCUCUUAAGAGGAUGCUAGGUGUUCCCCACAGCUGUGUGCUGUGCUGUAAGUAAGAAGUGCAGCUGGAAGCGAGUCGUGCCCUGAGGCCGAGCGAUGGGCUGUGGGGGCAGCAGGACUGAUGCUCUGGAGCCUCGAUACCUAGAGAGCUGGACCAAAGAGACGGAGUCGACAUGGCUGACCAGCACAGACACGGAUAUCCCCCUGUCGUCCAUCCAGAGCAUCCCUUCCGAUAACUCGGAGGCCGGCUCCGCUUCUGAGAAAACAAUCAGCCCUGUUCCAGAUUUCUUCGAGGACGUCCUCCCUCUGCCGGCUCAGGCUUACCUGAAGGUCUGCUCGGCCGAGUCUGAAGCCAGUCUGACCGACGUGAAGCCCGCCGGCCCCCCUGAAAUACUGGGCUCUCCACCCAUGGAGGCGGUGUUGCCAUCAUCCGGCACCACGGUGCAGCGCAGAAGUGUUCUCCACACCGAAGAGAUCACAAAAUGGCAGGACAACCGGAUGUCGACCAAGCAAGUGACGAUCACAGUGACGCAGAGCAUCCAUCAGGUGGACAGGAACGGCAAGGUGAAGAAGUCCCUCACCACCUACGAGGUCAUGAAACCCGUGGAGAGCCUCAAACAGGUGGCCACGCAGAACGCCUGAGUGCCGGGGGAGACUAAAAGAUCUCAGAUAACUGUGAAACAAGAGGUGACGAAAGCACAAGGAGGACGAGACUGAACUGCACAAGAUAGAUCGUCGUAUUUAAAAAAACAUGACUCGCGCUCUGAAAAAAAAAGAAAAAACGGUCUAGUUCUUUAUUCUGUAAAAUAUACGUCUCUGGUGCCUGUUAAGACAAUGUCUUGCUGUGCUGAAAAUACCUGACAUUUGACACCACAUACAGUAUCAGACCAAAAAUAAAUGAAGGAUUUGCGCUUCGUCACCGAAGACAGGAAACCAUUUAUUGGCGCGUGUCAAAUUUCUCAAGUGACGUAUAAUCUAGAAAAGCCUUCUCGUUGCUCUUUUACGAUGCUUUUGAGGAUAAAUAUCCAUGUGAAAAGCUAUUAUGACAGUAUUAUUCCACAUUAUCGAUUCUCCACCAGCUAUACGUAUAGUUUUGCUCUUUGACAUCGAUACGUACCAUGUAGUUGCUGCUGUGCUACAAUCUAAAUGGCUCAGGAAACUGAAAUUGAUUGCGACGAUUGCACUAUUCACAGUGACGCCUGGGAAGGAGUUUGCGAUGACGCUGUAAAUCAUUGUCCCUCUACGUGGUGUCGUUUUGUACAAUACAGUGUUCCAUUUUCUUAUCCAGUCGUGCGUGUUUUCUAAUGACAAUAAAAACGAAAUAAAAACAUU